CCUCCCUCGGCAGCCCUGGCAGGGGGUAAGAGAGGCUUCCAAAGCCAGGCUGGGACCCUCGCAGUAGAGCAAGGCAGGGGAGAGGUCCUUGACUGACGGAUUACUCUGAUCUCUUCUGUUCCCAGGAGAGCGGGAGAGCAGGUGAGCAAGUGAGCAGGUGGUGAAGCUCAGAGACAUGGGAAAUGGCAUUUCCAUCUGUGAAGAUUUUUCAGAAAAGGGCAGAUAGCUACCAGCUUUACAGAGGAAGACAAACCCAGAGCUAAGAAUAAAUGCCGAUUGAUUGACUGUUAGAAGACUGCCUGGUGGCCAUCUGGUCCAACUCAUACCUAAACAAGGAUUCCUUCUCUAACAUACCUCACGAAUGUCAUCCAGUCUUUGCUGGAAGACCCCCAUUGAUGAAGUACCCUCCACCUCCCCAAGCGGCCCAUUCCACUUUGGGACCUCUCUCAUUGUAGGAAAAAUUUCUCUGAUAUCAAAAUGGAAUCUGCCUUUUUGCAUCUUCCAUUCAUUGUCGUUGGCUCUUCUCUUCCUGGGGCCAAGCAAAACAAGCCUCCACAAUGCGUGUGGCCAUAAUUGGGGCAGGAGUGAUUGGACUUUCCGCUGCCCUGUGCAUCCAUGAACGUUACCACCACACCCUUCGGCCCCUGUCCAUCGAGGUGUAUGCCGACCGCUUCACUCCACUCACAACUAGUGAUGGGGCUGCAGGCCUCUGGCAGCCCUACCUCUCUGAGGAACCACAGGAGACGGCUUGGAACCGAAAGACCUUUGACUACCUACUGGGCUACAUCAAUUCUCCAGAAGCCAAGAAAAUGGGUCUAUUCCUCCUCUCAGGCUACAACCUCUUCUCCAGAGUUGUCCCAGAUCCCUCCUGGAAAGACACGGUUCUGGGGUUUCGGAAACUGACACCCCGAGAGCUUGAGCUGUUUCCUGGUUACAGCUACGGAUGGUUCAACACUGCAUUGAUCUUGGAAGGCAAUAAAUACCUGCCCUGGCUCACCCAGAGGUUAACUGAACGGGGAGUCAAAUUCUUCCUGAGAAAAGUCCAGUCCUUUGAGGAGGUGGCGAGGGAAGGGGCAGACAUCAUCAUCAAUUGCACUGGAGUGUGGGCUGGGCAGCUGCAAGCCGACCCGUUGCUGCAGCCUGCACGGGGACAGAUCCUCAAGGUCUUUGCCCCUUGGAUGAAGCACUUCAUUGUCACUCAUGAUCCAGAUGCUGGGAUGUACAAGGCCCCAUAUAUCAUCCCAGGGAGCCAGACAGUCACUCUGGGUGGCAUCUUUCAAUUGGGGAACUGGAAUGAGAAGAAUGAUUCCCAGGACUACAAUGCCAUUUGGGAAGGCUGCUGCCACUUGGAUCCCACACUUCGGGAUGCACACAUCGUGAGUACAUGGAGUGGUUUACGGCCAGUCCGACCCCAAGUCCGGCUGGAGAGAGAGAAGCUAUCAUGUGGACCCUUCAAGGCAGAGGUCAUUCAUAACUAUGGCCAUGGUGGUUAUGGGCUCACCAUCCAUUGGGGCUGUGCCCUGGAGGUUGCCAGGCUCUUUGGGCAAAUUCUAGAAGAAAGGAAGCUGCCCAGUAUUCCUCCAUCCCACCUCUGAAGGUGCCUGGAUCUCAGCUUCCCAAGCCAAUCAUCCUCCACCAUCCCCACCUCCUCCCCUUGACUCAGUUAAUCUACCUGUGAAUCCAGAUGACUUCCUCCCACCCCCCUCCUCCCCAUCUCCAGCCCUUUGUGCCAAGAAGCCCAGGCCUGAGAAAAAUGAGGAAUGAAGAGGGCUCUCCUGCUAGACAGAAUACACAACCCUAGAAUUCCGUGGCUCCCUGGGCUCAGCACUGAAGACCAGACUUCUCUGCUGGACAUCGGGAAGGGCAAAAUGAGAUAUGGCUGGUUGUCUGCCAAAAGAUUUCGUGGGUGAGGAGUGUGCGAAGGCAAUCUAGUACAGAUAAGGAAACUGAGGCCAGAGAGGUGAAAGUGAUGAAAAAUACUGUCGGAUAUGGAUUGGCACUCAGAAUCACAGGCUAUUCGAGCCAUAAGGGAGCCUAGAGACCAUCUUCUGCAAUGCUCCCAUUUUACAGAUGAGGAGGCUGAGGCCCUCUGAGCCCCUAGAGGGAAGCUGACUUGUUGGAAGGUCACACAGCUAGUUCUAGAAUGCCAACCUCUUCACUAGGUGAGGGCACUUAUUACGGACCAUUGCACAUUGGGCUGGUGGGAGGGCAGAGCCAGAAGUCCCAGGCUCUAAUGAAAUGGGAGGGCAGGGAAGGGGAGACACUAGAGCCAGCGGCAGAGAAGGACCGUCCCCUGCCCUAGAUUCCUGGGGUCCUGAGCCAGCCAACUCAGCCUCAUAGCCCCAGCAGUGCCUCCUAACUCUCCCCUGGACCCCACUCCAACCCCUUGGAAGUAUUGUUCCACAUGGAAACACUUCAGCAAGACAAAAACUAACUUGCUAAAUACCUUCCUUAUUUGAGAAUCAGGAAUUAACGUUCUCUGGCCCUGCACCACUGGGGAUGAUGAAUGGGAUCCUGCAUGUUUAACCAAAAAAUAAACUGAAGAAAUGA